AGAACUUCGACCAGUCUUGUCUGCGCCUUCUCCGCAACCUCCACUCCCCUCCACCUCCUUCGACCCCUAUCAGCCGUUAGCAAGCAUGCACUUGGACACCCUGGGGCAGCGCGUUCGCGCCAGCCCCGCACUGCUCAUCACAUGAUAUCAGAGCGAGCGCCGGGAUGGGAGGAGCGGAGAUACGAUCUCAAAGGAGGGACGGAGAUCCUUGUGGACGCGAUGGCUGGGAGCUGGAAGAUCAAGUGGACGCAGGACAACAAGAGGAGGGAAGCGGUCAUCGUGCUGAAGCAGGACGGGACCUGCGCGCCACCGAGGGAGUCGGAUGAGUGUGACGAGGAGGCGAAGCAGGGGUCGAACAUGCUGUUCGGGGAGUGGAAACUGAAGGGAGAGGACAUCAACAUCUUCAUCACGCGUCACGCGGGUGAUGCCUGCGAUUGGGCAAGGAGGAAGGUGGGAGUGACUGUCUUCGGAAGGUCAGCGCAAGUACGGCUGCUCGAUGAUCGUGUUCAGCGGAUCCAUAGCAAGCGACAACGACCAUCCGUACGGCAGGCGAGCAUCUCGAUGGUGAAGGAAAGUCUCGGUUGCUGCUGCGCGCUGAUCCUUACCUCUCCUACAGAUCCGGUGUGGUUGGGAAAGUUCAGGUUGGAGCAGCUGCUGGGGAAGGCGAGUGUUGGGAUGGGGCCAGGGGAGGCACCCAAGGUAGAGAGCAGGGCGUCUCAGGGGUUUGCGCUCGGAGGACGGUCGGACCAGAAAGUGCUGAAGCGAUUUUGCGGUCCGUGGGAGGCGAACAUCAACAUGGACAGCACACGAAUCUCAUGUACCUUCGGUGAGCAGGGAGGAGGGUGUGGAAGGAUGUGUUGGAAGAUGCACUGCGGAGAAUGUCCCGAGUCGUUGACUUGA